AUGAAGUUUUUCACCAUCGCCGCCCUCGCCGCCUUGGCCUCUGCCGUCGCUCUUCCCGAGGCAGACCAUGACCUCGAGCGCCGCCAGGUCAACUUCAACGGUUUCAACGGGCUCAACGGGCUCAACGGCAACGGCCUGAACGGCUGGAACAGCGAGCCGCCGCUGCCCUACGCUGGCUACGCUCCCGUCUGCUCCUCUUCCACGGCCACCGCUCUGUGCUGUCAGCUCGAUGCCAUUGGACUGGCUGACUUGACUUGCGUCCCGCCCACCGACACUGCCAGUGUCGAGGGAUUCAAGCAAUCUUGCUCCAGCCUGGGCCGCACUCCGGCUUGCUGCGCCCUGUCCAUCGGAAUCCUGGGAAUUCUUUGCACCCCGGUUGCUUAG